AUGGAAUGUUCCUAUUGCCACGAGACAACUGCAUUGAAACACUGUGCUGCGUGUAAGCUAGCUUACUACUGUGGCGUCAGUUGUCAGAAACGCGACUGGAAACAUCACAAACAUUACUGCAGAAUCUUAGACACUGUCUUGACGAAAAAGAGUGCGGAGAAUCGCGGAGACGAGGUAGGCUAGAUUGGAGUCGAUUUUAUAUGUUUGUACAUGCAAUUGUACUCCUUCACGUUCUAACUAAUUUAUUUUCAAGUUAUUGAAUGAAUACCUUCUAGAAAACAAACUGUUGAAGGGUUAUUUCAAGUGAACAUUAUGUACCUUUUUUACAUAUAAUAUUAAGCAUUCAUCUAUUGAGUUAGUUAAUUCUAUCCUGACUUUUUGAAAAUUGUCCUUUAUACUUUAUACUUUAUCUUAAAGACUAAGUACACCUUAAGUCUUACGUUUGUGCCAGCUCAAGUACGCGGCAAUAAUCAUUGGGGUAUCAGGCAGGUACUGCACGACUAAAAAUCUUGAAUUAUCGUACCCCUCAUUCCCAAUGUAGUUGUUUAAGACUGAUUAAAACAAGCUAUAUCGGACGUCCGGGCACUACGGAAGUAGGGCUAGCAUGCGCGAUUAACGCGUUAUUUCUCACUUCUCAGCGCUGAGGUUAAACCCUGUGAGAUAGGGUUAAGCCUUGGAUGGGUGGAUCAAACUCUAUGCUGAGCGUGCAUGCCAAUUAUUUCAGCAGAUGUGUGGUUGACUCUCUCCUGUGCUUCGAGAGAUUUCCCGGUGCGAGGCAAUUGUUUUGUUGGAAGGAAAAAAUGACAAAUUUAUGACAAUUAUUCUAUCCGAUUAACGUUUUUGGGGGGACUGAUAUAAAAAGCAGCAUUUUGUCUUCGUGUAGAGGAAUUUAUAUAAAAUUAAUUUGCUCAUGACUAUGAAAUUGCGCUGCGAAGGGGUGACAUGUAAACAUGCUCAACCAUAAUUUGCUUGCGAAAAUGUAAUCACUAAUCACUUCAACUAGAACGGGCAUGUUAACCUUCCUUUGAACAAAACAACUGCCUCUCACGAAAGCCAUUUCGUUCGAAUUACCGUCAUUCAUUUCGGGCACCACAUACAUUUAUCUAUAAUGCAAGUGGUCUAUUAUGUAGUUAAUUCUAAGGGCUCACUAGCUGUCAUGCGAUUGAGUUUUUGUUUCUGUCUUUUAUUAAAGUUAUAAGACAGCCUUCUUAUUUUAUUGAAGGGGAAAAUGAAAUUUGUUUAAUUCAUAAACAAUGCCAGUUAACAAUAAAAAAAAACAACAUCUCUUAAAUAAUGACUCUCUAAUCUAAUACUUUUGAAGAGCAGUUGAACUGAAUGCUGAUGUGUGUUUUGCCUAUCUUGUGUAGUUACAAAAAGAAAAUGGACAAAAAUUUGAGGAAGUCAUUAAGAAUUAUCUUAGUGACAAGAAGUGGGACGAGGCUGAACAACUUUGUGUGGAGAAUAUUAAAAACUUGGCUGGUGCCAGAAAUCCAGCUAUGGCAAACGCGUUUCUUCUGCUAGCUGAAAUAGUUUUUGGAAAAUCAGAUCGAUCUGACUUAGGUUUGGUAGAGAAAAACAACAAGAUGCUGGAAGCUACGGCGUUGUGCCAUUACGUUCUGAACCUGUGCAAGUUGGGGUCUUCUUCAUCAAACGUGGAUUUUUCCGAACCAGAAAACAAAGCUACAGAGAGAAUCAAGACUUUACAAGAUGCAUUGUUCUUGUCAAUGGACAUAGAUGUUGCUGAAGGCCAAAAAGCAUUUGACAAGAUAAAAAAAAGCAUUUGA